CAUUUUAUUCGGGACAGAGUGGAAUCGAACUAGAUGAAUUGACUGAACCGAAAUAUUACAGAUUAGCGCAUCAGUUAUUGUCCUAAUUUGGACAGCCCCUGCCUGAAUAAAAUCAGCCGGGUGGAAAAUGGAUGGUGAGAGUAAAUUUGGGGGGGAAAGAGUCAUUAAUCUUAUCCUGUACAAGAAUAAGUGUGCAUGCAAAUCCUGUCAGCUGACCUGAUUUUAACUCUUGAGCCACACACACACACACACACACACACACACACACACACACACAGGGUGUCCAGAGAUUGGCCAUCAGCUAAUAGGAUGACAGGUGGCGAGUUAAUCCUCGGUGGCCAAGAAGCGCCACACCCACGGCACCGGCUUUCUCACGCACGCACGCACUCGACUCGCAUGCUUGUUCAACGCCAUAUUUAUGCUACAGUUUGUUUCACAGAAACCACACUCGCUCACCGGACGGAGGAUCACCCGGAAGAAGUGAGGGCUGUUUUUGAGGGACCGAGAAAAGAUGUCAGGAGGAAAACGGGACGCCAUUUAGCUGCAAAGAAAAGGACGCUACUUUAAGGUUGUUGCCAUGGCAACGAGGCCCGUGCGACCCCACUCCGAGAUGUACCCGCCGGUGUGUUGUUCCGUCAGUCCGUCCGUGUCCUACUCCAGCUUGACGGAGGCCCCGGCAGAUGACGGCGAGGCCCAGACGCCCAUCUUCUCUGUCUCCAAGAGCUCCAUGGACGUCUUCAAGCGCGACCCGGCGUGGAGCGGCGCGGACCUGCGCCGCAGCGCCAGCGCCGAACAGGGCCCCCUGCAGCAUUUCCACGGGCGGCGGCGCGUGGGCAGCCUGCAGUCCCCGGACGCCCACAACCCACCCGCGCUCGGCGAGCGCUGGGUGUCCAACGUGCGGCGCUGGAGCCGCUGCAGCGGCGGAGGCAGCGCGCAGAGCCGCAGCAGCACGCCCGACACGGUGGUGUGGGCCGGUGGGACGUCGCGGCCCGGCAGCCUGGCGAGGGACGUGGCUUGUUGCGCCGUGCCUGGCUCUCCGACCACUCUCGCCUCCUCGCCGUUCAUCUCCCCGCUGCUGACGCCCACUCUGCCGUUCGUGGAUCGCUGCGUCACAUCACCUCUGGAGUCCAUCAGCGGACUACUCGCCCAGAAGGGAGACUUGCCGAGGUCCCCUCCGGCAUCCACCACCCCGCCUCCCGAGUCCUUUUUCCGGGCGACGAGCACAGAGGAGGAGGGCGUUCCCGGUAACCGUUUACUUUAUUUUCAGUAUCCCUCCCCGAUAGCGACAUCCAUGUGUUCAGAGGAAGGCGCGUCACCGUUCCUUGGAUGCCUCCCUGAGGAAGAGACGCCCCCGACGUCCGAUCCCCAAGGUCGGGUGUCAAGUUCAGUGGAUGAAGAGCGAAAACCGGACAAAGUAGCUUCGGUGCGCCACCUCCAGUUGCCGUGGCAACCGCAGUUCAGGAGGCCACCUCUGGUCUCCUCACUGAGCGAUUCCAUUCUUUGUGAUGGGUGCAGAUGCUCCGGGGGAGGCCCCCAAACGGAGCCCUUCCUCAAGGAGAAGGCCAGGCACAAAAUGGUGGACGCGGCUGUGCAGACGCUCUCCCCAGCGCAGACGCUCUCCCCAGCGAGUUCCUGGUUGGACCUUCCCAGGAACACUUCCCACUCCCUCCUGGGCUCGCCACCCGGAUCCAAACUGGACCUGAAAGCCUCGGUGGGCUCCAACUCCAACCUGGUGUCACCCUCCUCCAGCAUGUUCCCGCUGAGCGAGGGAGAGGAGGAGGAGAAGCCGAAAGACAUUUUGGAGCGACGAAGGUCGUGUCUUAAGGCACAAUCCGGGGAGGAGAAGGAAGAGCUGGGGGGGAAAAGGAGGAGCAGCAUGAAGCAGGUGCAGUGGGAUGAAGACGGGAUGACAUGGGACGUCCACGGCGCGUCCGUGGAGCCGGAGGUGCUGACCGAGGCCAUACGGAAGCACCUGGAGGUCCACAACAGUCCCCAAGCUGUCAAGCGGCCCUCCAAGAAGAAGACCAAAGCACCCAACCCUCCUGCCCCUCCCGCUGCGGCGCUCCCCGACACGACCCCUCCGGCCGACGGAGGCGAAGCGACGCAAGACGGCGGAGGCGAAACGGAGGAGGCGCCCGGUGAAGCGAGCGGAGCGGAGGAAGGAAACCACAACGUUCCGAAAUCCCCCUCGCUCUCGCGCGGGACCAUCCGGAAGAGGAGCGUGAUGAGGUCACUUCGACCGGGGUGGUGUGGAGGCUCGAAAAAGGAAGACGAAUAAGAUAAAAGAUGAGAUCGAUUCAUCCCACGGCAGGAAAAUUCACAGCUUACAGUCGCGAAGGACAGUGAAACAGAUUUAAAAUGUAUAGAUGAAAAAAAAAAAUAGAAAAAAGUUAGUUGAUCAAAGGGCUCAACAGAUUUAUUGCACUUUGUUUUAUGACACAUAAGUGACAUUGAAAAUGUUAUUUUUCAACAACUAAAUACACACGGCUGCUUCUCUAUCGCUGCUCUUUGCACAGACGAUUUCGAUCAAAGUCACGCAACUAAAAUGAUUUAUUGUAUUAUUUUAUUCAUUUGACUUAUUUUAUGUAUUCAUUGUGUUGAACUUAUUUACUACAGGAUCAGAAUUCUUGACUAACUUGAGUCCAGACAGAUUUAUGAACAAAAGCAAACAGAAAAAAACAACAACAAUAUCUUAGAAGUCAAGUCCGGGUCUACUGUACAGUGUUGAGUUUGGCAAAUAGUGAAGAAAAAUUCCCAAAAAAGAUACUUCAAGCUGUGCGUCGCCUCUCCCAAAUUUACAAUCAAACUAAAAGAAAGACAUAUUGUGUCUCGUGUAUUUACAAUAAAACUAGCCUAGCCUUCAAACGAGCUACUUGAAUGCGAACGCUAAUUAGCAUCUACGUUGAGCUGCUAUCAAGACAACAUAACAGUCGUCGCAGUCGUAUAUUCUUUAUCCUCAUAAAUUCCUCAUCCCCUGCAAAGAACGACUAACUUCAGUGCCGUACUGAUGAGCUGAGAGGAGUGCAGGAAUCUGAAUGGGCAUUUUAUCCGUCUGUCUGUUUCAUAUUGACCUCAGGCUGGGCGUACCAAAAAAAACUCACGCGACGUGACGAAAACAGUUGAAUGCCAUUUAAUUACGUCAUUCCUCGUUUUUAAUCAUAUGACAGAGUUGUGUCAACACGGCACUGAUAGCACGUGAGUCAUGAAUUCUGUCUCACCUUGUAUUUCAUUUAUUAUGAAUAGACUGUAAUUGUCAUUGAAA